UGAUCAAAUUCCCUCUUUCUCUCUCUUUAAAUUUUGUUUUUCCCAACACCUUUUCCUCUGAUUUCUCUGUCCCCCCAACUCUCCACUCCCAUCUUACCUUUGCUUUCCCAUAAUUAAACACCCACCAUCUCUUUGUCUCUAUUUACUCUUUCUUUAUUUUUGUUCCUUUUCAGUUAAAUUGUUUUUUAGUAUCAGAACAAUAAAACCUCUUAGCUCUCACUUUAGCCUCUAUUAGUGGUGUUUAAGGAGCAUGAAAAACACAUAAGACUUGUUUUGUCUUCUCAUAAUCAACCACACCAAGAGAAACAACAAACAAGGGAAAAAUACUACAUCAUACAUGUCUCCAAUUCCAAAGCAGUUUAUAGGUGAUCUCAUAAGCAAGCCACUUUCACUUGAUCUUGAAACUUGAGAGAGUCUCUUUCUUGGUUUCUAGACAAGUUUGAAUCACUGGAAAGACUACAACAUGUUUCUCUGGAUCCUACCUUCAAACGUUCCAUCAACCCAUCUGUGCUCUAGUUUUGCCUUGUUUAACCCACCACUAAAAUUCUGAAGUGAUUUUCCUCUCUAAACUAUUUACAAGACCAAACAUAUAGAAUUUCUUCAAUGGAUCUUAUUCUGAUGGUGGAUUGUUGCACUUAUUUGGCUAAUUAGCUUGAAAACUUAGCACAGCUAAAUCAUGAAACAACACUUUGAUCUUGAAGUGGUGGCCUCAGCAGAAUAUGAAUCUGAAGUUAGCAGCAAGGUUGCUUCCAAUAUAUCUAUCCAAGAAACCUAUGCAGGUCCUUGCAGUGACAACCUCACCAACUCUUCCAAUGUGACAAAUCCAAUAGAGCUUCAUCUCCAUUCAGAUGCUAUCUCCCUUGACUUAACUCUCAAAUUCAACAACAAUGACUUCUCAUUCUCAAGCACAAGUGAGAGCAGCAAUGGUCCUCUCUCUCAAACUAAUUUAGCAGCCAACCCGCGAGUCUUCUCUUGCAAUUACUGCAAGCGCAAGUUUUUCAGCUCACAGGCUCUUGGCGGCCACCAAAAUGCACACAAGAGAGAAAGAACAAUAGCGAAGAGAGCUAUGCGAAUGGGGAUAUUCUCUGAGAGGUAUGCAAGUCUAGCAUCUCUCCCUUUUCAUGGUUCUUUCAGGUCCUUAGGAAUAAAGGCACACUCUUCACUGCACCACGGCUUUUCGCCAACAAUGAGGCCUCCUGAGAUGAAAAGCAGUGCAAGAUUUGAGCAAGGAUAUGUUGGUCUUCCAAUAUUCUUGGAGGAGGAUGAGGCAGAACUCUUGUGGCAAGGUAGCUACCAUCAGGUUCCCUCUGAGGAAGGCCAUACUCAUCAGAAUUUCACACUCAGUGGAAGUUCAAAUUUGAGUUUUGUUGGUUCGAGUCUUCCACCAGUUGACUUAGAGAACUCAACACCUGAGUUGACAUUGAAACUUUGAAGGGUUUAUUUGACACUUAUUCUGGCUUCUAGUUGUCUGUUUUAUUUGUUACAUUUUUGUACAGUAGGACAUGCAUGCAAGGCAAUGGUGUCAGAUUGGUCAAUAUUGUCAUUAAACUGGCUGGAUCUUAUGUAAUUUUCUUCUUAAGUUUUCUCUUACAAAUCACUGUUUUGUUGUUUUGCUCUGUAUGUGCUGUUAUUGUAUAAUUACUCUGGGAGGACAAGUUUGGAGGUUCUGUGUUUAGUCAUAUAAAUCAAGUUUUUGUCUACUUUAAAUUA